AUGGCGGCGAUGGCGAAUCUCGCUAACACCAUGGAAGCUAAUGCUGCUGCGACUCUGCAAGCAGUGCAGAGAUUGGGCCAACCGACUGGAAAUGGCAACGGAAAUGGGAAUGGCGAAGGGAAUACCAAUGAUAAUACUGAGGGUAACAGCGAUAACACAGGAGGAGUUCUGAUGACCUUGGCGAUGUUCCUCAAGCUAGCGGGAGAGGCCCAUCCCUGGUGGCAAGCUGAGUGUCGUUUGCUACAGCUUCAGAACACCGACAUUCCAUGGGAGGUGUUCCAAACGGCUUUCUACAGGAAAUACUUUCCUGAGUCUGCAAGGCAAGCAAAGGAGAUGGAGCUAAUGCAGCUGAAGCAAGGUUUCAUGUCUGUGGCAGAGUACACCAACAAGUUCAAAGAGCUUUGUAGGUUUUCUCGGGUAUGUCAGGGUGACCCAGAGACUUUCGAGAGCUGGAGGUGCAUUAAGUACCAAAAGGGCUUGAAGGACAACAUUAUGACUGCUGUGGCUCCUAUGAAGAUCCGUGUCUUCUCCGACUUGGUGAACAAAGCAAGGGUAGUGGAGGAGUAUGCCAAGACAGUGGCGGCAUCUAAGGACACUCAUGGAGGGAGGUCUAGUCGUGGGCGUGGCAAGUAUUUUCAUCCUAGAGGACAAAGCUUCAAAAGAGGGGGAUAUACUCCUCAAGGCCAAGGGGGCUUCAGAAAGAACAAUCAGAAUCAGUUUCAGUGGUUGCUCAAGUGUGGGUUACCUGGCCACAUUGCGAGGGAUUGCCCUCGUGGGAAGAAUCAGAAUGCAGGCCAGAGUCAGCAUCAAGGUCGAGUCUUUGCUGUGAAUGCCAAGGAUGCUUCCAAGGCGGAUCCUUUGAUGAAAGGUAUAUGUCUAAUUGGUGAUAAAUCCUCAGUUGCAUUAUAUGAUACUGGAUCUUCGCAUUCGUUUAUUUCAUUUGCUAAAGUUGAGGAAUUAUGCUUGAAAGUAUCAGAGUUACCUUUUGAUCUACAUGUACAUACUCCGCAUCAAACAACUAUGACUAGGUCAGGCUGUAGACAAGUAGGUUUCAAGCUUGAGGGUAGAGACUUUGUACACGAUUUGAUCUAUUUACCAAUGGUGGGGCUGGAGAUUAUUUUGGGGUUUGAUUGGUUGUCGAAGAACCGGAUUUUGUUGGAUUGCUUUGAACGGACAAUUCAGUUUAUGCCGGAAGGAAAAAAUGGAGCAGUGGUAGCUACAGGGUAUUACCUGAACUCUGUAAUGGUACAUUAUAGUGGGGAGGAGUGUCAGGGUUAUAUUCUGUUGGCUUCUAAUGCGUUGGGCGAUGCCCAGAACUUAGAUCAAAUUCCGGUGGUUAGAGAUUUUCCAGAAGUGUUCCCGGAAGAUAUCCCUGAGUUCCCACCUCAAAGGAAAAUUGAGUUUGCGAUUGAUUUGGUGCCAGGAGCCGGACCAGUAUCGAUUGCACCGUAUAGAAUGGCUCCUAUAGAGCUGGCAGAGCUAAAGACUCAGUUGGAAGAGCUUCUGAAUAAGAGGUUCAUUUGA